AUGGACCACGAUGCUGUCAUCGCGUUCUGCGAAGCGCUCCAAGCCAGCACGACCCUUCAAGAGCUCACCAUCAGCGACGUCCCGAGCUUCGGUGGCUUCCACGGCCGCACGCUUCCAGUGUCGUUGAAGCGCUUCGAGUGGAAUAUGGGCGACGACGAGGUUGUCGACGAUGCAACGCUGACGGACCUCGCGACCGCCGUCGGGCCCACGCAGCUCCAGCAUCUUCUCUGCAACGGCUUUGGUUCGCUGGCGACACGUCCGGCCGCGGCGCCGAUGCUAUCGCAACUGCAGUCCCUCGUCGUCUAUCAAAUCGACCCGGACACCAUGGAGGCAUUGAUCGCGGGCGUGGCAUCGGUCCCGGCGCUGACGUCUCUUGAGCUUGCCAUGAACGACGAGAGUUCGACACGCACUAUCGAGCAUCUCAUGGCGUCGCUGGCGACGACGUGCGUGCAUCUGCAGACAUUGCACAUCAGCGCGGACGCGUUGACCCGAGAGCGCCUCGUGCUCGUCCUUUCUGGCGUGCUCGAAUUGCCGCAGUUGACGUCGCUACAUGUGUCGGUGUGCCUCUUCGAAGUGGUGCAUGUGCUGCCCGAGCUCGUGGCCGCAGAGCUGCCGCUCGUUUUGCGGGCGCUGGCACGCGUUCCUGAUGUCCCGUUCGUCCUCCAGAAACCUUCGCGCGUCGAUGCGUUCGUGGGUAACGCGCUGGCCCCGCGCUCGGAUCCUCAGCACCAGUGCCGCUUGGAUACCGGCAUCUAUCGGUAA